UCCGAGUGUCCUCACCAUCAGCUGACAAGAAUGUCCGCCAUUGACUCUCAUCUACAUGUGCAAGGCCUGGAUAACACUUGAAAUCAUUUCAUUGGAAACUGUUGUACUUGAGAGGAGACUGUGGCAUCAGUAUCUGUGUGGCAGCUUGUUUUUGUUUUUGUGCGUUUACUCUUCAAACAUAAUUGAUAAAUCCAAUUUGGUUCAAUUUGAGACAUUUGAGACAUUCUCUCUGCACAAUUUGCAGCCACACAAAUGGUGUAGCACUGUAGUUUAAUGAUUUAGGGCUCCAGAAAAAGAACCGAUUCAUUUGCAUGAGUCAAAAUCAGCAACCCGACGGACACCGACGCACACAGGGUGACGCGCUCAACGUUUCUACUAAUCUGUUGCUCAGUCUGUUGUGCCCGCUCUCUCUCUCUCCCUCUCUCUCUCUCUCUCUCUCUCUCUCUCUGGUGCAGUCGUGCGUCCUGCCGCGGCGUCUAGUCGCCAGGGAUUCGGCGCAGAGACUUUCUGUUGGACUCAGCGCACUCCGAGCGCACGCCGGCUCUUUAGAGGCGGUCUGCCAAAGUUUCGGCAACAAACACGGAAUAUUACUUGGAGAAAAAAUGACCUGAGAGACAUAGUGCACCCACCAGCUCUGGUGAAGUCGGCGAAUGGGCGGUUGAACGCCAGCGCCGUGCGUAACACUGGGGGAGCAGGUGGAUGGAGAGGCGCGGGAUGCAGAUUUCUAGCAGGUCAGCGCCGUUUCGGAGCGGCUGGACUCCAUAUUCUCCGCUGAAGGACACCUUGCUACGAUGGACCUGAUAUGAGGAGGAAGUUUUCAGUUUAAAAAUCUGUUUUGUUCUUUUGCUGUCUCUCUACAGCUGGGAUGUGAUACUUGUGAUUCCACGGACAUAAUAAUCCCCAGUCAUCCCAAUCCUCAGAGCCCCAAACCCCUGGAUCCCCAAUUCUCAAAUCUCCAGUACCCCAAGCUAAUCUUAGAACUUACCUCUAAAGUCCUUUUACCCUCAUUUUUAUAACUCUGCACAUCAAAAAAAUUGUUUUUUUUAGCAUUUAACCCUAACCCAAAACCCACUAAUAUUUACCAUCUCCGAAAUCCUUUAUGAUCACACCUCUACACCUUACCACUGGCCAUCUGUAAACACUUAAAACUCUUUGAUGCCCUAAAGCCCUGUCAGCAGUCAUGGCCUUGGAUCAGUGGUCCUUCCUCCCAACUUCACCCAACAUCACCAUCCCUGAGCCCCUCCUGUACGACAGCUACAUCCAGGGUAAUGAGUCCGAUCUGGACCUAAACAUCACAAAGACUAGGGAGCCUCACCAGGACAAGACCAGCUCAGUGGUCAUCACCUUCAUCUACUUCAUGGUGUGCGCUGUGGGGCUAUGUGGCAACACCCUGGUCAUCUAUGUGAUCCUGCGUUAUGCCAAAAUGAAGACGGUGACCAACAUCUACAUCCUCAACCUGGCGGUGGCAGAUGUUCUGUGCAUGAUGAGCCUGCCAUUCAUUGCCCUGCAGUUGGCACUGGUGCACUGGCCCUUCGGAGAGGCUCUGUGCAGGGUAAUCAUGACUGUAGACUCUCUCAAUCAGUUCACCAGCAUCUUCUGUCUGAUGGUGAUGAGCAUCGAUCGAUACCUGGCUGUGGUCCACCCUAUUAGGUCUACAAAAUGGCGGAAGCCUCGGGUAGCCAAGCUAAUUAACCUGACAGUGUGGGGUGUGUCGCUGUUAGUCAUCCUACCAACUUUAAUCUUCAGUGGCCUAGACAAGGUGCCAGUAUGUGGGAUUGUGUGGCCGGAACCCCAGGAUGUCUAUUACACAUCUUUCAUAAUCUACACCUUCUUUAUUGGAUUCUUCUUGCCCCUGGCAGUCAUAUGCAUGUGUUACCUGCUCAUUAUAGUCAAGGUGAAGUCGUCAGGCAUGCGCGUGGGUUCAACCAAGCGCAAGCGCUCCGAGCGUAAGGUAACACGGAUGGUGUCCAUCGUGGUGGCAGUGUUUGUCCUCUGCUGGCUGCCUUUCUACAUUUUCAAUGUCACCUCUGUCACCAGCUCCAUCAACCCCACCUCUGCUGUGAAGAGCACCUUUGAUUUUGUGGUGGUGCUCGGCUACGCCAACAGCUGCGCCAACCCCAUUCUGUACGCCUUCCUGUCGGACAACUUCAAGAAGAGCUUUCAGAAUGUUCUGUGCCUGAAAAAGGUGGCAGGCCUGGAUGAGAUUGAGCGCAGUGACAGUAGGGCUGACAGGAGCAGGAUGGUUAACGAUGCUAUAAUCAUCAAUGCCAAUUUGGAGACACACAAUGCUGCCCUGCUGAAUGGCGAGCUGCAGACCAGCAUCUGAGGGUAAAGUAGUGACAGGAGAGUGGUCAUUACAUCCAAGGAGGCCAGAGAGACUUAUUAGUGCUUGGGGCUUCCACCCUGAUGGGCUGCCAGUGCACUGCCAGUGACCCCUGCUCAAAGAUGCGGGGGUAGGACGAUGAUGUAAUAGCUGCUGCUCAUGGACACUGACACAUGAACAAAGUCUAAGUGAAAUAUAAACAAUUUCAUAAGGGUUUUCAGAGGUCGGGGAAAGUACACUGACUGCAGCUCAAAGCCCUUGAUAUCUGGGUUAAUGAGGAUACUUGAGCUGGUUAUCCCUGAGGCAGAGCCAAAUUGCAUCUUGACCGUACUGGUUUUCAGCACUGGAGAGAUAAUAUAAACAUAAAUAGGAUUCCUGUUCAUCUUAAGGCUUCUAUCAAAUUGUCAGAACUCAACCUGAUCGAACCAAAAUCAAAACAAAACGCAGUUGGACCAGGUGCAAGAUUGGAGAAUGGACUUCUGUGGAUCCUCUGGAGAAAUAUCAGAGCUGGUAUACCUGUGGUAAAUAGAUGCCUGAGGGGAUGGAGUAUAAUCCACACCUUGAAGGAGUCUUUGCGAAAGCUUAGAAGGCAAAG